CAGAGAACGUGUUCACGAUUUCCCGCACCCCUCCAUCUCCCCACUCUCUGUCUUGUCCGUCUCCGUCUCUCUCUCUCUCUAACUGAUCCGAUCAGCCUCAACUUAGAGGUCUCGCCUGCAUGAGCUCACGAACCAUGUCGAUUCUCUUAACGCGCGAGGGGGUUGCGGGCGAGAGGCGCGGGAGCGACUGAUGAGCCGGCAGCGGUGACGGAGAGACGGGAAGGCAGCGCCGAGAGGAGAGACGCAAGGGAAGAGAGGACCGCAAUGGGUGAGCUGGGACGUGGAGCCAUCGAUCCAGCGAGGGACGGGGUGGUGCUGGCGGAGAGGACGGCACCCCGGCCACUUCCACCCGGCAGCCGCCACAGGGAGUUCAGCUUCGGGGCCCUCUCGCUGGGCGAGCCCCUGCCACCCAUCGCCUCCGCCUCCCCGGGAUUGAGCCGCACGGCCCCGGCCAGCCCGGCCACCUCCACGCGCCUCCCGGCCACCUCCACGCGCCUCCCGGCCAACCGGCCCAAGUCGGCAGUAGCCCGCAGACCGCCCAGCGGGGCCGUCACCACCGUCAUCACCGUGUCGCCCAGGAACCCGCCACCGCACAUGGUGAUGGGCCGGAGUUACACGCAGUUCCCGGACGGCACGGGCACCCCGCAGGCGUGGCGGGAGGUGCGGGCGGUGCACAACUUCCCCAGGGACGCGCCCGCGCCCAUCGAGUCCCAGCCCAAGCGAUCGGGCAAUGUCGGUGGCGGCGCCAACACCAACAUCGUGGGCGCCGCCAGCCGGGUGCAGGUGGUGCGCGAGGGCCGGCGGGGCCAAGACGUGGGCAUCGCCAUUCCCGUGUGGCCCAAGCCCGGAGGCAGGGUAUCGGCAAUCCGGCCGGACCCCCGCGGCAACGCCCAGCCUCAGCGCCAGCACGGCGCCGCCGCCGAGCGCCCGCCGCUCAGCCCGCUCGCCUCCUGCUGCGCCCGCAUCUGGCACUACGACGACGGGCACCGCUGGUAUUCGUUCCGCGGCAAGGGCGUGGGCUGGCUGUGCGUGCUGCUGCCGGCGUUGCUGGUGGCCGGCCCCGUGGUGCAGGCGCUCAAGCUGAUGCAGCUCAACGGGCGCUGCGAGCGGUGCUGGGCGCGGUGCUGGGCCCGGGACCCGCUCUACGACUGGUUCAGCUGGCGCGACAAGGGCCCCGGUUGGCGUGCGAUGCUGGCGCCGCUGUACGCCCUGCUUGUGCCCGCUCGUGGUCGUCUUCGUCAUCUUCACCGUGCUGUCGCUGGCGUUCUGCGAUUCGGGGACGGCGGGUGCGGACGUGGAGGCGGGCGGAGGUGUUGGUGGCGACGGCGGCGGCGGCGUGGGAGGGAGCACCAUGCCCAACGGUCGACCGGAUGCAACCAAGCCUCACGGCAAACAAGCAGCAGCGCGCGAGCCAGCCUGGUGACCGCUGGCACUCGCAACGCUCACGACAAUAGCGGCGUGAAAAGCAGUCACACGUCUGCGGAAGCUCACACCGAAGAAAAACUGCAAACGAUUGUAAAGCGAUGAGUUGUGUCGACUGUUUUCUGAAGAUGCAAUGCUGCAAGGUUUUAUGCGAAAGUGCUCGAUCAAAACCUCUCCCUGAAAAUGAGUCAACACCGAGUUGAGGAUUUUUUUUUAUGGGAAAGUAAUUAUUAUGCAGAGGGAUGGCAUGUAUUGAAAACAUGAAAACGCAAAAUACUCUUAAAAACAUAAUGCAAUAGAGACAAUGACAAAUACGUAGAGGUUGUUACGCUGACAAACUUCACAUGAAGUUGCUUUACGUGAAUUUUUUUUAAAGAAACAAUCAAAGCAACAUUGUAUGCACGUAUGUGUGUUGCUGUAGUAUAAGGGAGUGGUAGUGUGCUGCGCUACGAACCCGGCAAUCCGGUUCGAUUUCUGCUCACGGUCGACACCCAAUGAUGAAACGAUCCUGGGCCUCCCCUUGGUCGACUCAGCCUCCAAUGAGUACCUGGUGCAGUGUGUAAACAUCACCACUGGGGAGACAAAGGCAGCCGGGCGUGGUGCUGGCCACCCACCCCCUCGUGUGCCAUUCUGGGCUUCAUAAAUGCUCGCUAACAGAAAUUGCCCCAACAGUCUGUUAAGGCUAUACGUGGGAUCUUUUGUCUUUUGCUGUAGUUCACGCAACCUAGGUCUACACUGCACUGUUUGCUGUGCGCUAGCAGUCAUACAGUUGUUUGUAAACAAUGUGCAGUAAUGGAAAAGUGUCUUUUAAAUACUCCGUUUGCGGGAAACGACACGAAUUGCCAGCACGGCACGUUGAUGCGAAAUUAGGAGCAAUGUGAUAGUGCCCACUGAAGUGUCCAAUUGCCUAAAUGUCAAAUGGCCCCAAAAGGCAAUUUCCUGAAGCGCCUGUGAUGUCAUAAGCCUAAUUAAAGUGCGCAUUUAGAGAAGGGAAAUAAAGCUUCGACAGAAAGGUCAUCCUUCUACAUUUUCAAGGCGCAUGCUGUUUAGCACUCGAACGAGGUCUGUUUGGCACAACAUCCGUACCCGCACAUUUGGCUGCAUUGUCUUUUAAGCACUUGAAUCCAUCAAUUACACUUGGGUGCAUCCCAACCAGGGCAACCGUUGUCUAAGACAGCUUCUCCAGCUCAUGAAUACUAAACAAGACUGCGAUUGCCAGUUCAUCUAUUGGAGGCACAUGAAGAGGCAUUUUGCCUACAUUAGAAAACAAUAUUUGCAAAAUUGUAUAUUAAAAAAAACUAAAUCGACCUGGCUACUUCUCCAGACCAGGUUUGAAAAAAAGAGCUCACUGCCUUGGGUGGCUAGACUACUUGUUGUAAGACAUGUUAAGAAAUAUUCUCAAGGUGGUCAUUUUGGCGAGGUCUCCUAAACUGCCAGUAGUCUCUCGUGACCCCUCAGCCCACGACACAUUCUGGCUUAACCACAUCCACCAGUAUAUUCCCACUCAAUUGCAAGUCAUGUCUACGGUGCACUAUUUUAAGUGGUAAAACUACGAACGGAAAUAUGGCCCCAAGUGAGCUGUGGGGAAAUUCUGCAACAGACAGUUAGUGUACAUCGACACAAUCACAUUCGCAUAAAGAGACAUUUGUAGCCAUCUGGGCAGCGGCCAUUUCACCUUCUACAUUUGAGAAUGCUGAUUAGGGAAACGUUGUUAAUAGAAAGGCAACCCUGGGCUUCUAAACCAGGUGUCAAUUUCCUGACUCCAUGCUCACACCCUACAGAGACUAUUUUUAAUGAAUUCUCAGGAUGCAUAAAUUAAGACUUCAACUCUGCGUGGAACAAAUUUUGCAUUAUACCCUCAACUUGCAAUUUGUCAUUAUACGCUCAACUUGUAAUGUGUAAAUGCAUUAGUGCACAAUUUAUGUAGCAAUGCAAGCAACUCCAUACUGACAGAUGUUUGGUAAUGUUUGCAUGUAACAUGUUACCACCUUUGGGACAAAUGCAGAAGACAGUGCAUGAC